GGAUGUCCGCCAUGAUCGACCAGCUCCAAAUCCGCGACAGUUUAAGGAUGUAUAAUUCCCUGGUGGAAAGAUGCUUCACUGAUUGUGUGGACACUUUUCGGCGCAAAACUCUAGACAAACAAGAGGAGACGUGCGUUCGGAGAUGUGCUGAGAAGUUCCUGAAGCAUUCGAUGCGUGUUGGCAUGAGAUUUGCAGAGCUGAACCAAGGUGCUGCAACACAAGAUUAACUUGCAUUUCACCUACAACAGCAUUCUAGGAGACUUAAUUAUGCUCUUGUGGGAGCAAUCUUCAGUUUUGUGAUGUUCACUCUGUGAUAUUACCAUUAUUUAGGGAUCCUUUGAAGUUCAAGAUUUUAUUUGGUUUUUGUAUUGCAGACUGAAAAAUAAGAUGAAUAUUGCUCCUUUCUACUCUUUUGGCCAUGCUUAUAUAUAAGAUCUUUUAAGUUCAUUCCA